AUGGCGAAAGGGUACAACAGCGAUGUGGAGGCCAUGCGCUUGAAGGAGUACCCACACAUGAACGAUGGGGUGUACCUCGAUCACGGGGGCGCAACCAUUUAUGCCAAGUCGACUGUGGAGUCUUUCGCUUCGAAGAUGGUGACGAACUUGUACGGUAAUCCACACUCGGAGAACUCGCCAGCUAGACUGUCUGGAGAUGUCGUUGAUCAAGUUCGCGAGAAAACACUCGAGUUUCUCGGCGCAAGCUCUGAAGACUUCGACUUGAUAUUCGUGGCCAACGCUACGGCGGCCAUCAAGCUCGUUGCGGACUCUUUCAGGGACCUCGCCGAAAAGACUAAAGAUCGCAGAUUCUGGUAUGGUUACCACAAGGAUGCGCACACUAGCAUAGUCGGCGUGCGAGAGUUGGCGUACGGACAAUCACACUGUUUCGAGAGCGACCGAGAAGUCGAAAGCUGGCUUCAUGCUCCUCAGACCAGCUUCGUCGAUCACUACAGUCCGGCUGGCCUGGGCUUAUUCGCAUACCCAGCGCAGUCCAACAUGACAGGAAGAAGGUUACCGCUGUCCUGGUCGUCGCAGAUACGAGGAUCAGAGCAUCUACAGAAUACCUAUACACUGUUGGACGCGGCGGCUCUGGCCAUGACUUUCCCAAUGGAAACCGUCUUCCGACACGCCGACCGAGCACCGGACUUCACCUGUCUGUCACUCUACAAGAUAUUCGGAUUCCCUGACGUGGGGGCUCUCAUCGUCCGAAGAGAGUCAGGACAUAUCCUCACACUCAGGAAGUACUUUGGUGGAGGUACGGUGUCUAUGGUUGGCACCCUCGGCGAAAACUGGCAUCGGUCGAAAGGUCUUCAAGCGCCAACAUACAAGCUUCACGAGGGCCUCGAGGAUGGGACGCUGCCCUUCCACAGCAUCCUUGCCCUGGGCGAAGCCAUUGACGUGCACAAGCGACUUCAUGGCUCGAUGAGCAGGAUCUCCGAGCACACUACGUACCUCAUGUCCAGGCUACACCGCGGCAUGGCCAAGCUGUGUCACAGCAAUGGCCGACCACUAUGUCGAAUCUACAACGAGAACAGGGACUUUGAGGAUCCCAACAAGCAGGGCUCGGCCAUUGCCUUCAACGUGCUUCGUGCGGAUGGGCAUUACGUCUCUUACACGGACGUGGAGCGCUCAGCCAAUGCUGCCCGUAUAUACAUCAGGUCUGGUGGGGUGUGUAAUCCUGGUGGCAUAUUCACGUCGCUUGGGUAUGAGCCAUGGAUGACAGAACGUGCCAUGUCAGCCGGGCAUCACUGCGGUGCACAUGGGAUCUCUAUCAUUCACAGGGUCCCCACAGGGAUCGUUCGCGCAAGCGUCGGGGCUAUGUCAACGAAACAAGACGUGGACACCUUCCUCAACUUUCUACGCGUAGCCUUCAUCGAGGCCGACAAAGACUGCGCAUCACCCACGACGUCAGCUCUGUGCUCGGUUCAGCCCAAUCUCCUGUCACCCGACUUUUCCACCGAAUUACCACCGGCACUCUGCUCGAUCCGCGUGAGCUUCCGCCCCCACGCCCUCUUGCACAUCACAUCAGAUUAG